AUGGCGGACGCCAGCUUGGCCUGGGAGGAGAGACCCUCUGACCUCGCGGGGCUCUCAUCAGACGAGGAGGAUUUUGUCUCCAGCCAAAGUACAGCCUCCGUUGAGCCCGAUGCGCUGGCAAAGAAGCAUCUCUCGACUGCGCUGGGAAGACUACAGCUCACGCAGUCGACGUCGGAUCUAUACAAUGGUACUCGGAUUUUUACUCCGGGCACGACGGAAACAGACAGUGGGCAGACGUCGCAUGUGAGGAAACCGCUGCACCUGCUUGAACUGCCGCUGGAUGUUUUGAAGGAUAUUAUCAAAGAGGUCACACACACGAGCGACCUUACCUCGCUUGCGUUGACAUGCUCCGUUCUCCAUUCCUUGACGAUCCCCCAAAUGUACUCCCGAUUCGACAUUAUCUGGCCCGAGUCCCUCAACUCAGCGACGGACGACUGCUCAGGAGUGGAUGCACUAUCAUACGGCUUGUCCACAUUGGUGAUGGGGGAAGAUGUGUUCCACCAACUGCCGCUGCCCCGAUCGAACCGCUCUACAGACGCCUGCUCGCAUUGCGGUUGUGAUGACCGUGGCCACCACCCGAGCGCCAACCUUCAGGAGAAUGGCACCACGUUUCGGUCACGGCGAGGAAAUUAUUACGCGCAAUAUACGCGCACUUUCUCGAUCGGAAAUGGGCCGUUGCAUUGGGUCCAGGAGUAUUCGGUGACCAAGGAGAUUGGCAAAAUGCUCGGGACCUUGGUUGCUCUGGCUGUUGCUCGUAUGGUGAACCUCGAGGCGUUCAUAUGGGACAUGCCUACGGGAGUGGUCCGCGAGAUAUGGCUUGCACUUGCUUCUCUGGCGGAUCGACCAGGACAUAACUGUCGACUGGAACGUGUUUGGGUGCGCUGGCAUGACAACUCUGAGAAUUCUGUGCGCAAUUCAUCCACAGCCUCAGCCCGCCUGUCCCAGAAGUACAAACAUGUGGAACAUCCUUCCCUGUCUGUACUGCCACCGCUCAAGAGCAUAGCCGUUCUCGAUAUCGAUGAGCCCGCGUAUGUGGAGGAGCUGGCAGUCUUGAUUGAACGAUCACGUCACCGCUUGACUGAACUGCGGAUUGGUAUUGCCGCCAAGGCAUACCUGUCUGAGUGGCUGCUUUGCGAAAAGGACUUCAACCUCCCGGUCGACCCUUCGGCGGGAUGGCCUCGGCCUGGUGGUAUUCUUGAAAUCCUUUCGAGACGCGGCCCCCUGGAGGAUGAACGAACGGCUCAGCAACAGGAUGACACUGCCACGGUGACCUCGACAAUGGCAAUGGCCGUGCCUUCAGAGGACUCGGUGGAUACUGACAAGGCUUCUAAAUCCGGCAAUUCAUCUGUUCCGGCAGGGGAAGCUUCUUCGCAGACUGCCGAGCUGCCAAACGGCAAAUCCACGCAAUCAGUCUCCUCUGGCUCACCGCUCAGUAAAGUCUCAUCGCCAAUUGCAGCUUUCCAGCCCGACCGAGAAUUGCUCAAACUGGAACUUCUUGAACUAGAACGGGUCCCGCUAUCUGUCUCGACGAUAUUGCCAGCAAUUGACUGGACCCGUCUCACCACUCUUUCCAUUAUGCGCUGUCAGGACCAUGAGAAACUCUGGCGGGCCCUUCGUCGGAAGUACGCUCCUCCUGUAGUUCCGGGGAGGCGGGCCCAGGAUGGGGAACAUCGGCGACUGAGCACCAGUUCUCUCGAUUAUUGUCUCCAAAUCAAACACCUGCGAACGGAUACCGUUUCACCGUAUCUAAUGCUUUUUAUCAAGGAUGCACUGGCUCCGAAUACGCUGGAAAGCGUGUUUUUGCAUGAGGCACCACUCUACGACUCGGCGGUCCAGGUCGAGGCUAUUUACCGACAUAUUCUUCGCAAGCACCGACUGAGUUUGCGAAAGGUUCUCGUGGAUGCGACUGAACGAUUGGUCGGUGGGACUGAUAUGCACAGUGCACGAUGGCACAAGUGGAUGUUCAAUCACGAGGUGGUCUCGUUCGUCACGAGUGGCCGGAUGCCGCAGCUGAAAGAGCUCGGCAUGGCCAUGCACUAUCGGGAUUGGAUCCUUGACAUCGUCAGCAUCCGCCCAGAACUCAAAAUCUCCUACGUCGGUCUGCAAUCGAAAUGCUACCAGAUUCUCGAGGCAGGCCCUGGCGAGGCGGACCAAGAUGUCGACGAGACCCACUCCGGCGAGAACACCGGCGACGGACUUUCGAAUUUCGACGGCGACGGAGAUGCAGACCACAUCGGUCCUAGCGACGAUGACGAAGACAGCAUCCCUGGAUUCCCUUCCUCCGACACAGAUCUCAUUCCAAGCGACAACAACUCCUGGUCGGACGACGGCUCGGAGCCUGAUGAUGAGCAUGCUUCGCGGGUUCGGUUCAGACUACAAGAGAUCCUGUUUUACGAUGAUAAGAUAUCAAUUUUCAAGGCGCGUCAUGGUGUGCUCUGA